CAACGGGGGAGUGUUAGGAAGGCGGUUUUUUUUUGUGUGUGUGUUCUCCCAAGAUACGACAUGCAGUUACAACCGACUUUCUGACCGACAGGGACCCCGACAGCCUCCUCUGUUUCUUCAGUGUUCGGUUUGGAGCAGACGGGACGCAGCGUCGUGGUGCGUUUCUCUCCACGAGACCCGACGCGUUUCCAAACGUCCUGACGCGCGGAGCGAAGCGACCAAGACAUAAGUGAUAGACCACAUAAAAAAAAAAGGUGGACUGCCGUUCCGUGUAACAUCUGAAACUGUCAUAAAUUGUGAUGAAGAGUUUUUAGAAAAUCUCCGACAGUUGAAUCACGUCCAGUAGCGCACAGUACUGAAGAGGAGAAAGUUCCCCACUUGAGGGCGAAAUCAGACUUUUUUGAAGACGCCAAGUUUUAGAAGUGCCAGGAGCCCCGGGGUCUGUCAGAUACAACAUGCAGCAAUGUCCAAGGAGGCAGAGUUGGAUGUGAGAGGCAGUGAGUGCGACACAGUCCCACCAGAGUCCAGCACAGACCCAGAGUCGCCCAGGCCGCCACCGCCACCUUCAGCUAAGGCUAACAAAACCACUGACACCGCUGGCGUUUGUGCGAGCAUCCCCUCCAGUAGCCACACCAGCAGCUCCAGCUCCAGCUCCAGCAGCAGUAGCAGCAGAAGUGGUCUGGGUGGCAUUAACGUCGUUAGCAGCAGCGCUGAGGGAGCAGGCGAAAGCUCCAUGCAGUUCAGCACCAGACCGCCUAGUGCUGAGCAGCCGGGCUUCAUGGGGACAUGGCAGCAGCAGAGCACUGACAGCAACCUCCUCUACAGAAUGUCCCAGCAGGCCAUUCGCUGCACACUGGUGAACUGCACAUGUGAGUGUUUCCAGCCAGGCAAGAUUCACCUACGGACAUGUGACCAGUGCAAACAUGGCUGGGUAGCUCAUGCUCUGGACAAGCUCAGCACCCAGCACCUAUACCACCCCACCCAGGUGGAGAUUGUCCAGUCCAACGUGGUGUUUGACAUCAGCAGCCUGAUGCUCUACGGCACCCAGGCCGUCCCUGUUAGGCUCAAGAUCCUCCUCGACCGCCUCUUCUCCGUGCUCAAGCAAGAAGAAGUGCUGCACAUCCUUCACGGCCUGGGCUGGACCCUCCGAGACUAUGUCAGGGGCUACAUACUGCAGGAUGCUGCAGGCAAGGUCCUGGACCGCUGGACCAUCAUGUCCCGGGAAGAGGAGAUCAUCACCCUGCAGCAGUUCCUACGCUUUGGUGAGACGAAGUCCAUUGUUGAACUGAUGGCCAUCCAGGAGAAGGAAGGUCAGGCAGUUACAGUUCCCUCCUCCAAGACAGACUCCGGGAUUAGGACAUUCAUUGAAAGCAACAACAGAACCCGCAGCCCGGGGCUCCUGACACAUUUGGAAAACAGUAGCCCAUCCAGCAUUCAUCAUUUUGAGAAUAUCCCCAAUAGCCUAGCCUUUCUCUUGCCCUUCCAGUAUAUCAACCCAGUAUCUGCCCCCAUGCUUGGCUUGCCCCCCAAUGGUCUGCCUAUGGAGCAAUCAGCUCUCCGACUCCGGGAGCCCAGCCUACCAAACCAAGGCGAACAGGUGGAGACCAGUGAGUCAGAAGUGUCCUUGUCUCCUUUUCGCACAGGCCAAAGCCCCAGUCGUGGAGGUCUGGGAGCUAUGAAUAACAACAUAGAGCCCAAGACAGAGCCCAACAACAGAGCAUCACCCAUCUCUCCAACCCCUUCCACUCAGCAGUCUCAACAACAGCAACAGCAGCAACAACAGACACAGCUCCAGCAACAGCAGCAACAGGGCCAGCAGCAAUCCCAAAAUCAACCUCAGCAGCCCAGCAGCUUGACUGACCACCCGGUCCACCCUCAUUUUGUAAAAGACGAGCAGAAUAAAACCAUCACCCAUGCUUCCUUUUCUUCCAAAAUGCAUCGCAUGCGUCGAAUGGGAGCCACCUCACGUAAGGGCCGUGUAUGCUGUAACUCUUGUGGCAAAACCUUUUAUGACAAGGGCACUCUUAAAAUACAUUAUAAUGCUGUACACUUGAAGAUUAAACACCGUUGCACCAUUGAGGGCUGCAACAUGGUCUUCAGCUCAUUACGCAGCCGCAAUCGCCAUAGUGCCAAUCCCAAUCCACGGUUGCACAUGCCCAUGCUGCGCAAUAACCGCGACAAGGACCUUAUCCGUGCCAAUUCAACCACUGGUACACCUGUCAUCUCAAGCACCAAAAAUGGUGGUUUCACGCUCACCAGCCCUGGAAGACCACCACUGGGAUUCACUACCCCACCAGUGGACCCUAUGCUUCAGUCACCCCUGCAAAGUCCAUUGGUGUUCCCCUCCCUAAAGUCAGUACAGCCAGUCCAACCAGUGCCCCCCUUCUACCGUACAUUACUGUCUCCUGCAGAUCUUGUCAGUCCUCCAGUGUCUUUGCCUACCAGCCCUAUCCUGCCCACCACAACCAACAGUACCACUCUGAUGGACCAGCAACAGCAGAUCCUGGCUGCUGCUGUUGCUUCACACAAUAAUAUUCAUAUUUCAGAAGGAGGACCAAUGUCCCACCGCUUACCUACACCUAGUGCCAAUCAGGACCACACUACUGGCAACAGUGAUCCCACACCCAAGAAGAAGCCACGUAAAUCCAGUAUGCCUGUGAAGAUUGAGAAGGAAGUGAUUGAUGUGGCAGAUGAAUAUGAGGACAAAGAUGAAGAUGAGGAUGAUAAUAUCCACCAUAAUCACCACCAUCACCAGUCAUCACUUCUUCAUAAUAACGUAAAAAUGAAUGGAAACUGUAACAGUAACAACAACGGUGGCACUAGUACUGGGAACCACAGUGGUGGUAGUGGGCAGCAGUCUCCUUCUCAGGAUGAGAUGAGCCCUGGCUUUGCCCUUAGAGGAAUGAUGAGGCAGAGUGAAGAUGAGUGCCGGGAAGGAACUGGUAGUGACAGCCGAGGUGGUAAUGAUCUACGAGGCACUGGUGAACUCCGUUGCAUGGGCAGCUUCACCUCAGAGGACCAGGACCAUGAGAGAGACUUUGAAAAUGAGUCAGAGAACUCUGACUCCAAGAUGUUUUACCGUGAUGAAAUGAUGGAUGUUGAAGAACAGCAAAAACAUAGGGGUGGAAGGGGUCUGGACAAGGAAAUGGAUGAUGAGGGUGGUGAGGAAGGCCAUUUAAGGAAAGAAUUGGAAGCCAAGGGCAAUUCCUCACCUUCCCUCCAUCAACCUUCUAUCAAGAUUAAGGAGGAACUCAGCGACCCUACUUAUGACAUGUUUUGCAUGGGACAGUAUGGCCUCUACAAUGGAGGCAUGGCAGCAGCUGCUGCAGCUGCUGCAAGUAUGGCUGCUCUGCAUGAGAGCUUCAUCUCUUCAAUGGGCUACGGUGCCAGCCCACCCAAAUUCCCUUCUUCUCAAUCACCAGAUGGAGACCCAUGCUCAAGUCCUGACCCCAAGAUCUGCUAUGUGUGUAAGAAGAGCUUCAAGAGCUCCUAUAGCAUGAAACUGCACUACAAGAAUGUGCACCUCAAAGAGAUGCAUGUGUGCACUGUGGCAGGCUGCAACGCUGCUUUCCCCUCCCGGCGGAGCCGAGACAGGCACAGCUCCAACAUCAACCUGCACCGCAAACUGCUGACCAAAGAGCUGGACGACAUUGUCCUGGAUCCCCAACUUACGCCUCUGCCCAAGGACCUGCGAUCCGAGUUACUGGCAAAGAUCUACGCUGGGCAUCACAUGGGCUUGGACCCUAUGGUCGGUAUGGGCAUCGGAGGCGGCAGCCUUAGGCCAACCGGUCACAACCACGAUAUCCGUUCCCCCAUAAUCAACGAUUAUCCCCACAACCCUCUCCAUCAAAUCCACCACACCAACGGUUUCUCCCGAGGUCAGCCAGACGACUACAUGGUUUUGGACCUGAGCACCACAUCCAGUGUUCAAUCCAGCAGCAGCAUCCACUCAUCACACGAGUCAGAUGAGGGCAGCGAUGAAGGCAUCCUAUUAGAUGACCUGGAUGAAGAGGAGGGAGAAGAGGAUGAGGAGGAGGUCAAUAGCGAGGGGGAGAACUGCUCCCAGCGUGCCGAGGGGCGGGCUGAAAGGGGGCACCAGAACGAGACUGGUGAGUUUAGUGGAGAAGGACUGGAUGAGGGGGCGGACACCCACUCCUCAUCAUUUCUCCAUUCGUCCACUGGGGGCAGUAACGGGGGCAGUGGGAUCCUCUGCAACAUCUGCCAUAAAAUGUACAGCAACAAAGGGACCCUACGCGUGCACUACAAGACUGUGCAUCUGCGUGAGAUGCACAAGUGCAAAAUCCCCGGUUGUAACAUGGUGUUCAGCUCUGUACGCAGCCGUAACCGACACUCUCAGAACCCCAACCUCCAUAAAAACAUGCCCUUCUCCACAAUAAUAGACUAAAUAAUGACUUGCUACUCUACCCUCCUGUCAGUCUGCCCACUCCUCCCGUUAUUCCUCAUCCUUAUUCCUCCUCAAAUUAGCUUUUCCCCCAUCCUAGGGCCAUCAGAUACAAGCUAAUCGCCUGUAUGCCUCCUGCCCGUUCUCUGUAAGUCAUUGCAAGAUUUCUAUGUCCCUCUAUAAAAUCCAUUGACUCUUAAUGCAGUUUAUUAUUGUGACCUUUGACUUUUCCUUCUUUGGAAGAACAGGACGACACUCUUGAGCAUGGAGUUUGUUUUAUAACAAAACUCCAGUUGUUUUUUUUUUCCUUUUUUUUUUCUUUUUGGAAAGCCCCUCCACCUUUUCCUUUGAAACUUCUCUCCACUUUGUUUUUAUGUCCGUCUUCAAAGAAUCUAUUCAAACUCUUAUUUGUGACUUUGCCUGCAAAAAUGAUAGUACUGAAAAAAAAAGAAAAUCUUCUUGUUGUAUUUGUGUAAUAACUUUUAAAUGAACCCCUUACAAAAGCAUGACAGCUUCAUUUGUAAAUAAUGUCCCAAGAGGCUUUUGGUGUAAAAGAGUUGUGUUGAUGGUUGUUUGCUUCUGUUUUUUCUCUCUAUUUUUUUAUGUUACAGUCCAGUACAAUACUUCCAGCUAUAGGCAAGAAAGAGGUAGCAUCUUAUUAGCUUGACUCAUUUAUGUUAGCUUCAAAGACAAGUUUUUAACUGAGUCCUAGGAAAAAAAAAGAGUAUCAUGUGACUUGUUUUAUCUACUUGUUAGAUAUUCAGAGGUUGCCGGCAUGCUUUUUAAGGCUCCUACACUGAUAUCAUUCUCUGUAUUUCUAUUGAUUUUUUUUUUGUCUGUUAUGUUAAUGAGCUUUAGUAUAACAAUUCAGUUUUUGCACUUUGCAUCUAUACAAGGGGAUGUGUAAUAUUAUUAUAAUGAGGACUUUUGCAAUGGUGACUUUAGGUGUCGUGUGGGGUCACUGAUGGCUACAGUGCCAAGGGAAAUGACAGUACCUUUUAACAUAUUUAUGCCAGUUUCUUUUUGCACGUGCUCAGUUUCAAACACAGUGUUAUGACAAAAAAUAUCCCUUAACACAAGCCAAGCCCCCCCACAACUCCACAUCAGAAAGAUUUAUGCUUUAAAACUAUGUGCGACUGAAUACCCACUGCUGUUUCCAUUACAAAAGAUUCAAAGAUUGGUCAUUUCUCUCCCACUCUUUUCUUUAAGUCACCUAUUUAUACACAGUUGUGUUAAAGUGAUCUAACUAAAGCAUAAAAUCAUUGUAAUAUGGUUAAACAAGGAUAUCAGUGUAAGAACUAGAGGCAUAAUAAUGGAAUAUGACUGUCCCAUGGAUAGAAAAAAAGAAAAAAGUAGGAAAAUAGUAAAUUACCUGUGACCAAAACAAAUGUAUUUGCUUAACAAUGCAGUUCAUGUGUUUUUAAUGAGGCCCCAUUUGAGGAAGGUGAUGCACUUGAGUCUUAAAGUUUUGCUGUGAUAUUAAAGAUAUCAGUUUCCACUGCUGAGUGCCGGCUACAAAUGUUAACAUUUUCCUGGCAGGUGAUUGCAGCCAUUUUUAACAUGUCCAUGACUGUCUUACGGUACAAAUAUUUCCAGUAACUGGGCAAAGUAGCCAAGGGAAGGGGUAUUUAUUGGUGGGUGAUGUAUCUAAAUGGAGAUGUUUUUGUCCGGUAUAAGAAUAUUAUUUUGUAAAAAGACAAAAAAAUAGAGAUUGUUCCUCAGUUUUACUUGUUUAUCAAUGUAUUAGCAAUGCCAUGUGUUACUAUACAAGUAGAUCUACUCUUACUUGACUGGUGCUACACACGAGGGGAAAAUAUGCAGUGUUACGUGGUGUGCUGUACAGUAUUCACAACACCUUACAUCCAUAACAGUGUUGAGUUCCAUUUGUUUCACACUAAAGCCAUUUUGCAAUAUAGACAUGACCUAUUGUAGUGAAAUAUUUCAUGUCUGUUUUUAAGACUCCAUAUGACACAUGCAGUUUUUAGACCUCUGUUCUCUGAGAUAAAGAGAGGCAGGCAGAGAGCUGAGGCUGAUGGAAAGGUUGCGGAGGUGGAAGGCUGACUAGGGAGGAAAGGAUGACAGCAACGAUCAUUAAAAAUGUGCUGCUUCUCCGUUACCUGGAGGCGUCCCUGCCAUUCCGGCUUCUUCUGUCUAAUAACUCACUUGUCACUUCGUUACACUGCAAGACGCCAAGGUUGCUGACAAGACUGUGACACUGACAGAAAGAGAAAAAGAAGGAGAGUGAGUGUGAGCUUUGAACAAUUCAAUUUGACUCAUUCAAUUUAGCUGAAUUCAAUUCAUCUAUUCAUUUCCUGUGUGUGCUCAUUCUCAUUCAGGGUCACUGGUAAUUCAAUUCAAUUUCUUUUGCUCAUUCUAUUUUGCUCUUUGUCUGUCAGAGCACAGUCAUUUAACAACCGCCUUACCCAUUUCUUCAACCCGCCACUCACUUACCACCUCCACACCCCACAGCGCAGGUCCUACAGGGACACACACUAAUAGUGUAUGCUUAAGUUCACCGGACGGCCAUGGCAUAGGAAAAAGGGAUGGGUAAUUGCCUGUUUAUCCCAAGUGAAGAGAAAAUUGAGUACAGGAACCCCUGCCUUUUCCCAGGAGUGGGUUUCACUGAGGCGCUUGCUGCCUCAUUCACUCGUUCAAUCCCCCCGGCUCUCGCUCUGGCAGAAAUAAAAAAGUGCUACUCCAGGAACCCUGCUGACAGCUGUCUCUCCAACACACAACCAUACAAAUGCACAACGCCAUGCACACAGGGAAGAGUGGCGAAAGCUCACGGAUACUACUUACAGGCCAGGAGGAUGACAAGAACUAGAUGACUUGUUAACCUCUGGUGAUGGAAGAGACAGGGGCAGAGAAAAAUAGAGAAUUCUCACCACAGGAAAUGAAAGUCUCCAUCUAACGUUAACAUUAUAGACUCUGACACUACACUGAGGACUAACAUUGCAUUAGGGAGAAUAAUGUGAGCCAGCACUGAGUCGCACAGGAAUGUGAAGUUGACACAUUCCUAUUUCACUUUAAAUAUUUCAAUGUUUCAUAGCUCAAGGUAAAACAUUUUACUGACACACAGACAGUGAGUAAAGGACUAAAACCUAUUAGAGUGUCCUGCAUCUACAAAGACUACAUAUUAAAUCUCCGCAGCAGUAGGGAUUGUACGUUCCCAACUUUCUGCACAGUAACCUUCUAAACUUGUACUUGACAGUUUUCAAAGCUAAUUUUCAGGUUGUAACACAUUCCUUUUGGAUUGUUCAAAAUCAUCCAUUUUUCACGAAGCAGCUGCAGUCAAGGUUAUAAAAGUUUUCCGUUUUCAUUCAUUUUUAUUCUUAUUUCGACUUUUUUAUUUUGAGUUUCAGUUUUAAUCGGGUUUCACAGCAGGCUGUCUAGAUUAGGUUUUAAUUUCAGGAAAUUUAGAUUCAGUUUAUGUUGUAAUGAUUUACAUGUUCGAUUUUAGUCUUUUUGAAGUCAUGAAUACGUGGUAUUUGUCGGGGGCGAGAUUCAAAAAGGUCAGAAAAAAUAUUAUAUGAUAAAAACACAGUGAACAAACCAUCACACGGCUUAAAAAUACAUUCACAGAUCAACUGUCCACAAAAUACAACUGUAGAACAUGUGUCAGUCAGGAUGAAAAAGAUUUUAUAUCUACCAGAGUUUCCACAAGUCGGAGAGAUUUUUUUAUUUCAGUUCAAAUGUGUUUGGAGUUUUUGGUUUUUGGUAUUUUUCGCUUUUGUUAAUGAUAAUAACCUUGGCUGCAGCAGACUGUAUGACCUCUCUGUCACGCAAAACACAAUGGAUAAACGCAGCACUCAUGUCUUUCCUCCUACUGCAUUCGUCUGAGUCCAGUUGGGCAGGUUAUGCCAGCAGAGCAGCAUCGACAUGCAUGUGGCUGUCCAGCACAGCCGUUAAGACAGACGGCCAGAGACAAAGCAAGAGAGAGAUGGCGGAAAGGCAUGGGGCUUAGAAGGCUGUCUGGCUGAAGCCUUGAGGCAGUCACUUAACAAGGCAAGGGAGAAAGAGAAAGAGGAACACAGGGAGAGAGAAGAGCAAGAGAGCAUCAGUGGCAGGACUCCACAGGACUCAUCACCAGCUCCUUGUUGAUUGCCUGGUGGAAAGCGAUCGAGCUCCCCCUUACAUUUCCACCCCUUUCCCCCUACACACUCUCCUCAGAGAAAUGACCACCAAUAUUCUUCUCUCCUCUGAGAAAUCCAAUCUUUGUUUUUCUUACUUCUUCAUCCAAGAGUCCAGGUGUGUUCCGCUUCUUAGUGACCAGUCUGUAGGUCGGCAGGAACGCAUCACUUCGAGCGCCAUAUUGGUCCAGACUGCUCGAGUGAAUCUUUAAUAUUUGAUUAGAAGAACGUCAGGCAUCAAUUAUUCUGUAAUUUCUACAUAGCACACAGAGGGAAAAGAGAUGGCAAACGGCUGGAGCGGCUGACUUGUUAAUCACUGUCCGUUGCGUACAUGUCAGAUAGAGCAGCGAGAAUAAGAGGUGACACUGCAUGUAAACUGUCCAGUUGUAGCUCAAGUGGAAUUCAAACGUUUGAUGGGACAUAUUAAGAAAUAUGCAGAUAGAAGAAAAAUAGGUGGGUUUGUAUAGAUGCUUUAGUCUCAUGUGUUACGUUUUAAAAAUACCCUCAUUAAUUUGAACUGGAACCUGUGAAAUGUCAAUGAUCCUGAAAAAAAA